AUGUCUAACGUGCCAAUUAUCGCAGGAACGCUUCAGACAGAUCCCAGGUCGGGUGGGCAAACCAAAAAGAGCGGUGUCAACCCGUUGCCAGAUAUUUCCGAGACUUGGGAAAAGAUCCGAGAUAACAACAACAACGAAGUUGAUUGGUUGAUUGCUGGGUAUAUAGGUGGAAGCAAGACAGAUAUUGGCGUCAUCAAGAAAGGAACCGGCGGCUUGGAGGCAGCUGCCAAGGAACUUCCAGACGGAGAGCCUAUAUUCGGUGGAUGCCGCCUCAACAAGAAGGGACGAUUUGUCAAGUUUUAUUAUUGCAGCGAAAACACCUCUGGAAUGAAGAAAGGGCGCGCCGCCAUGCACAAGAACGGAGUUCUGAACGUAAUGGAAGGUUGUGAUGGAGAAGUCAAAAUUUUACCUGACAUGACAGAGGACGACAUCGAAAAGAUCUAUUAG